AUGGAAUCCAUCACCGCACCCCCCGACACAACAACCUACAUUCCCCUCGCCGAGCACCAAUCCCGCACCCCAAGCUCCUUCCACUCCGGCCCGCCAAUCCUCUACUCGCAGCACCAAAACUGCAAACUCGUGCUCCUGGAGCGCGAAGCCCUCGCAGUCCCAGCACUAGGCGCCCUGCGCGAUGCCUCCACCGCAAACGGCACUACCGAAGAAGAAGCAGCGGAAGACAAGGAGAUCGUCAUCCCCGGGGUGAACGUAUGGGUUACGUCUGAGAAAUUCCUCCUCCACAACCCCACAACCAACACCGGCCUCUCAAUCCCCUACCCCUCCAUCUCCCUGCACGCCAUCCAGCGCCUGCAGCUCCCCAGCACCGAACCCCAAGCCCAAGCCCAACUCCAAGGCCUAUACAUGCAAAUCGCCAACCCAACUACCUCCUCCUACUCCUCCGCCGACGACGAAGAAGACGCCCUCACCGUAACAGUCGUGCCCGAGACCCCCGCUCAAGAAUCUUCUUCUACCCCCGCCGCCGCCGAGGAAGGAGACGAAAAGCCCGAAACGCCCACGCAGACUCUCUACGCUGCUGUGUCGGCGUGCUCGAAUCUGCAUCCGGAUCCGGUUGAGCCUGGGGAUGAGGACGAGGAUGAUUACGAAGGAGAAGGAGGAGCGUUUCAGUCUGGGUUAGUGUCGAUGGGGAGUGCGGAGGGUGGAUUGCCGCCCCCGGUUGAGGGGAGUUCCGGGUGGAUUACGGCGGAGAAUAUGCAUGAGUUCUUUGAUGAGGAGGGGAAUUGGAUUGCUGGUGGGGAGGAGCCGACGUUGCCUUUGGGGCCGGGGGCGGGGACGGUGAGGCAGAGGGAGGAAGAGGAGGAAGAGGGGGUGGAUGGGGAAGAGGGUGUUAAUGGGGAUGGUAGUGGGGAGGAGACGAAGUGGAGGAGGACGGAUUAG